CAUUUUUCAAACUAUUUUUUUUUCUUUUCCAUGUUUACUUAUAGUCAUGCACUUGUUACUUGUCUUAAAAGCCUAGGUUUAGCUGAUGUAAUUUAUACAGCAAACACAUCAGUUCAAGUCCAUAUUGACGAGUCUUUAUUUAUGAUACCAAAUAUUACACAUAUGUCUUUUGGUUCUGUUAGUUUCUACUUGUUUUGUUGUCUCGAUUGGCACCGUGCGUUUAUGCAACUCAAGCCAUUUUGGCCAUCCGAAAAUCCUUUAGAGAUAAAGAAAUACAAUCGACUUGCCUUAAGAUGGAUGCAACAAUUAAAUCAAAACAAAACAUGGCUUAACUAUGUACCUUUAGAGCCUGUUUAUUUCACAGAAUGCGCUGGUCCCCUCAUGCAGAAAACCAUGUUGGCUUUGACAUUGGCUAUCAUGGAACACUUGAUUCAGCACGACUUCAAGACCCAUUUACCAGCAGCUCAACAUCUCAACAGGGAAAAUGUACAGUGGACGUAUGAGACAUACAGUCAUGUUUUUCAAGAGAUAGAACAUCAUCCACAGGAUGUCAGAAAGAAACAAUUUGAAGGUAAGUCUGGUCUUUUAACCAUUCAUUCAUAUUCUCUUAGCCUCUAUCAUUCAACAUCUCAAGUCAUCUCAACUUGGACAAGACUAUCUACAUGCCAUUCGACACUAUUUGGACAAAGGGUGUCAUCAUUAUCAUCAAACAACACCUAUCUCGACCACACCAACCACACCUUCUACACCUAUGCCAACCACAGUAAAAUAUACACCCAGCGCACUUGAUCUUCAAUUAGAAAAAAAAGCAAGAGACCAUGUCAAACGGCUACCAUUACGUACUCUGUUUAAUACAGCCUAUUAUGACCAAGUCACAGAUACCCUUCAGCAUUCAGGAUUCAGAUUUUCUUCUCAAUCGACUGAAUUGACAGUUGAAAAAGGAAGAAAAGCACCAGAAUCACCACCUGAAAAAAGAGAUGUGCGUAUUGCUUUAGCUAAACUCUAUAAGCCAUUGGAAGGGUUCAAAUCUCAUCCAAGGUCAUUCCAAACUGAAUCAAAAGAGCCCACUCAAUCAAAACCUGGGUUCAUGAAACGUAUGAAUUCAACAGAUGAAAUAGCCAAAAAGCCAUCCCCACCAAAAUAAUAAACUUAACCUCCCACAAGCCUUGAUCGGAAUAUGAAUCUAGCUCUUGG